AUGUCACAAAAAAUAGUGACUGUAUUUGAUUUUUUACAUACAACUAAAGGAUUGAUUGGAUUUAAAGUUGAAAAUAGUGGAAAUUUUUAUAAAUUAUUAAAAAAAGGGUCUCAUUUAAAUAAAGAUAAUAUGUCAAAUAAAAAAGAUGCAUUACUUUUUUCUUUAUUACUUAAAAAGAAUUUAAAUAAGGGAAUUGCAAAUUCAAUUGAUUUAUUUUCUAAUGAAUUUUGUAGAUUAAAUAAAAUUGAACCAGAACGUUUAAAAAAAUUAUCAAACCAAUUAGAUUUUCAUUUAGUUAAACUUUAUGAUGGUGGAUUUUGGUUUUGUCAAAAUCAUUUUCCUAUUAAUGGAAUUUAUAAUUUUUCUCCGAGAAAUUUCAAAGAUGAACAGUUUAGAGAUUUAGCAAAUCAAAGAGAAAAAAACUUUGAUUAUUUAAAAAGAAGAAAAUACAAUUUAAUUAAAGAAUUUUCUGAUGAACAUAAAUUGGAUAUUAAUUUCACUGAUGAUGAUAUUCCUAAAAAAUAUAUAUUUCAUGUUGAACAUACUUUUACUAAAAAAAAAAUAAUUAAAAAUAAUGUUGAUAAUAAAAUUGAACCAGAAAAAAAAUAA